AGUGAUACCCUCUUCUCCGUUCUGCUCGCUGCACGUACCUGACAUCUUGCGUGUGCCGCCAUGGUUUACAGUAGCAGAGCAAGCAGCAGCAGCCGCACCCUCUCUAUCAUUGUUCCUGCUCACUGGGACGGUACUCCACGUCCAGCAUGGUGUCCACUUGCACAUGAUGAUCGACAGAUGGAGCUUGCAGAAAAGCACUAAUGAUUGGGCAGAAUGAGGACAUGAGAGGACCCGGACGGCCACAGGGUACCUUAGCAGUCGACGUCCAGCCCGUCCGCUGUCCUCGGUCGUCCCGUACCUGAAUGAUGACCGCGGCUGCCUCUGUCGAUGGGGGUAUUUCAGUGGACGCUUUCCCGUUCCGACCGUGCUUACUCGUCGAUCCACGAUCGCCAAGCUCAGCUUAAGCUCCCCCUCACUCGGUUCCAAGUAGUUCUUGGCCACGGAAGAAGGCAAGAUGCAGCAAAGCGAGAUCCUCAGAAGGGCCGACGACUGUGGCAACGGCGGCGGCGCGGAUAGCUACACUGGGCUUCGUAUCGCGUCGGUCUUCAUCGUGAUGGCGACGUCGAUGUUCGGCGCGCUGUUCCCCGUCGUAUCGCGCAAGACGGGCUGGCUGCACGUCCGCAUACCGACGGCGGUGUUCCAGGUCGCGAAGUACUUUGGCAGCGGGGUCAUCAUUUCAACCGCAUUCAUCCACCUGCUGGAUCCAGCCAUCAGUUCUCUCAGCUCUCCAUGUCUGCCCUCAUCAUGGCAGGAAUACCCCUACGCGCUCGCAAUCUGCCUUGUCAGUAUCUUUAUGAUCUUCUUGAUCGAGAUCAUUGCAUUCCGGUGGGGCACGGCGGUCCUUGCAAAAAUUGGCAUGGUACAUGAUCCUCACGGACACGGACUUCCCAACGGAGGCCACGCCGCUCACGGACCAGAGCAUCGCCGCCCUAGCAAAGAAACCCCCCGCGAUGCGAAGGACGCCGACUCAGUCAAAGAGGAGGAUCGUGAGGAUCUAGAAGGCCUUCCUCAGCUUGAAAAGGGCGAGCCUUCCUCUCCGGUCGCGCAGAUCCUCGGAAUCGCUAUCCUGGAGUUUGGUGUUCUGCUCCAUAGCGUCUUCGUGGGGCUCACCCUUGCCGUCAACGCCAACUUCAAGAUACUCUUUGUCGUGAUUAUCUUCCACCAAAUGUUCGAGGGGCUCGGAGUUGGUUCUCGGCUCGCAUACAUGGAGCUCCCACCAGCCUACAGCUAUGUGCCUUUCCUAGGUGCAGGCCUAUACGGGAUCACCACUCCAGUCGGUAUCGCAGCCGGCCUCGGCGUGCGUGCGUCGUACAACCCGCACGGCACCACGGCAGACAUCGUCGGCGGAAUUCUGGACGCGUUCAGUAGCGGUAUCCUGAUCUACACCGGGCUCGUGGAGCUGAUGGCGCACGAGUUCAUCUUCAGCAAAGAGAUGACGGAGGCGUCAAAUCGGCACCUCGCUUUCGCGCUGGCCUGCAUGAUCCUCGGUGCGGGCCUCAUGUCGCUCCUGGGAAAGUGGGCAUAAGCGAUACGCUGACCACAUGUGUCCAAGCAAAGUCAUCAUGGCGACCCCGGCUCGUAAUUAGAUGGAUAUGUGGCGCAGCCGAGCAGCGUUCGCGUUCACUAGCCGUUCUUGGCCUCAUGCAUAUGUCCAGCAGACACAUCUUUUCAUAUGGCUCCAAUGAUCGUCCAUGUCUGCCAUUCCAGUGUCCCUUCGGAGCCUAAGACUGAAUGGACAUAAGCGCGUGAAUCAUAACUUUAAAACCCUCA